AUGGAUCGGAUUGAGCUUGAUAGGCUCCGGAAGUUUCUUUUUCUAAUGAAAUAUCGAAGCUUGGGAAUGUUUGACCGAUACAACCAUAACAAAAUUGACCAAUACGAGGCGGAUGACCGGAAAAGAUUGUUAAGUUAUAUGCAGUCAAAGGGGUUCACGAGACCGCGUGACGUGUGGUUUGAUAACCUGCGUCGGUUCUUGGAUCUUGAUAUGGACCCCGCGAGGGACUGGAUUGAAACCCUCAAAGCGCAAAUCUACCCUGACGAUGCUGUGAUGAUGCAAAUACAUCUAACUUGGAGCUUCAUAGCGUUCUGUGAACCGACCAAUCCAGGGGAUGAAUUUCUACUGACUCAAAAUGCGUACUCCAUUUUUGAAGGCCCGUCAACUACGAGAUAUAACGUGACUACCCAAAAGGCUGAUGCCAACUUUUAUACCGAGUACCACAAUUUUGCCCCAAUAUCUCCACGGCUAAUCAUUAUCUUGCGAAGUCAUCUUCUUCCUCCCGAAGGUCAACCGCAAGAUUGGCUCAGGAAGGCGCGAAAUCGACUUGCGGUGGCAGUUCAAUCUCAACAUCUCAAUCCAGACAAAGCAGGAUCAAUACUGCACGAUCUUCCCGUUCGACCAUGUCGCCCUAUGUAUACGGCAUCGGAGAUAACUUCACCAACCUGCUUUCGUGAGACUGAUAAAUUUCUGUUUCAAUGUUUCAAACUCUCGCGCCACCAUACGACAACCAUAAACAACAUCUUUCUGGAAGAAGCCCAUACCACCUCAUCAAUCAUCUAUCACUCUCAAGGAUCGCUGAAAUUAAGCUUAGAACAAUAUUUCAAAUCGGAGACGACUGGCAUGAAAGCUGUUCUUGAUCCACGUCACAUCAGUCAUCUACACUUGAUAGCGCUUGAGAAAAUCGCCCGUGAUCUCGGAAGCUCUGUCAGUUGCAGAAUAAAUGCGCCUUGCGGUGUUUCUUCACCUCCACGCAUGUUUAUGUCCUCGUUUGUGGCGUACACUGUUGCAUCUAAACUUCUACCUGAGAAGCAUACGGAAAUGCUACCCCAAGCCUAUUCGCUGAUGAAUCCAGAAGCGAGCGAAAGAGUUUUUUGGAGCGAUACCCACCAAGCCGGCCUCAUGAUGAUAUUGAGGACUAAACUUGACCGGGCUCUGAGAACUUCAAGCCUUUCUAAUGAAGCAAAACUUGAGGUUCGCAGUAAUUUACGUGGUUUCUUCGUGGAUUUCCCCCCUGAAAGGUUAUGGCUGUAUCUGAAAAUCUCACGAAAUAUGAACAAGUUUGAUGACCAAGACUUCACUAAGCAGAUUAUCGAUCUUGAACUCGAAGGCCCAGAGGAUGAUUUUCCCAGAUGUGAGUGUUAA